UUUGUCCCCCGACACCAAACUUUCGAUUUUUACGAUUGCCGGUUGUCUGUCACGUGUGCUUCGCGACUGCCAUCACAUUUUCCACGAAUUUCCUCUCUUUUUUCUCGACUCUAAGUCUCGCUCACGCUCUCGAGGAUUUUUUGACCGCGUGUUCAGUACCUUUCAUAGAGGGGCCGCUGAAUCGCAGAAACACGAGUUGCUGUGUUUGCCAUUACUGAUGACUCAAGCGCUUGCCUGAUGCAUCCUGACGGCCGCUGCAAGCAACAUAGACACUUGCUUGACAAUACCUGGCAUUUAUAGUCCGUCGUCAUGCCUAUCGGAGACCUCCUCGCCCAGAUCAGUGGCGACAAGUCACAGAGCACAUCGCCCGCUCCAACGAGGCCGCCUAUUCCCCUUCCGAAGCGAAAAGCAGAUGACGACCUGCGCAGCACCUUUUCGAAUAAGACACCGCGAACCAGCGCAAAUGGCGUCGGCUCUUCUGCCCCGUCGAAGCCGGCAGAUGCCCAGAGACUCGGACGGUCUGCAGAGAAGCCAACAACGACUACUACCGGUUAUAGAGGCAGCGCCGGUCGACCUUCCGAUCGAUCGGCAUCUGCGCCAAGGAGCAUCGGUAAUGGCAGCAACGCUGCAAAGUCCAGCUCUUCUGGCGCCCGACCCUUAAAUGGGCAGAACACAUCGAGGGUAACCUCGACUCUGCCGAGUCGGCCAUCGCCAUCCACCCCCGCCGCUACACCCAAACCAGGAGCACCGCCGAAGAAGGGAUCCUUCGCUGAAAUAAUGGCGCGAGCCCAGCAGGCCCAAACCAAGAUGGGCCAGGUUGGCAAGAUUCAGCACAAGCCUGUGGAGAAGGUCUUUACCAAGAAGGAGCGGGAAGAGAUGAAGAGGGACCCCAAAAAAGACCCAAAGGCUGCAGCAAGGCAGUCAUCUAAGUUCCAGGGGACCGCGAGAUCAUCAUCCGCGGCCCCAUCACGCAACGGAGCCGGCGCAAACGGAGCAAGCGUCAACCGCAACGGGGCUGUCGACAGAGCAAAGGACCCCCGGGCUGCAGCGAGGGCACGCGCUGCUGCAGCAGAGGAGGAGAACCAGAAGAAGCUCAAGAAGGCCGCCGUUGCGACGACAGGUUACACUGGCACCGCCCGUCCAAAACCCGGCGCGGCGUCAGCCAAGAAAAAGCCUGCCCCGGGAGGUGCGCUCCUUAAUGCCCGCCCAGCCCCACGCUACGGCGGCUCUGCGAAGCGCUCGCGCUAUGACGAAGAGGAGGAGGACGAGGAACUCGACGACUUUAUCGAAUACGAUGACGAGGAUGACGCUGGCCCUCGCUACACGUACGACUCGGAGGGUUCUUCAGACAUGGAGGCCGGUAUGGAUGACGUGUGGGAAGAGGAGGCUAAGGCGGAGCGCGUGGCGCGACUCGAGGAUAUCGAGCAAGAGAAGCUCGAAAAGAGGUUAAAGGCCGAGAAGGAGGAGCGCAAGCGCAGAUUCUAUGAGCAACAAAGAGCUCGACGCUGAGGCAGUCUCCU